ACACGGGAACAGUAACGGUUUUAAAUCAAAACUAAACCGUCGAUAUUUAAACAAAGAACACACUCACAGUUUCAAAUAUUAUUAAAGAGAUAUACCCACUAACUUAUACAUCAGUUUAAUAAUACCUACAUUACUGAUAUCGUUCUAAAUUACUGUUAAAACUGCCCGCGAAUCUUGAUAAUAAAAAUAAACAUGUGAUCCGUGCGUAGUUCGCACACGGCGCCGUUCCGCCCAAGACUGACAUUUUUUGCGAUAGUUUUUAUAUAGUAUAAUACAUUAAUUUGAGGUACCAUAAUUGAUGUAUUACUAUAGUUUAAUUGUGAUUAUUUUUGGGAGUGCACCGCACAAGCGCACUUUAGGGCAAGCCGCUACUGGUCAAAUGGUUCCCUUUCAAGGUUUAUAAUACGGCUAAAUUGAAUAUGUGUUUCUCAUUUGACAGUCAAUGUCUACCUUUGACAACUGUACAUAGUCGUAUUAUAUUGCAUUGUUUAUUUCUCACGAAUUCAGUUUUCGUCUUGACGAUAAUUUUUAAUUUUCUGAGAAUUCCUGAAUGAUCGUGAAAAAGUUUGGUGAAUGUACGUUUGUGAUAGUUGCAAGUUCCGUUCCUCAUUAUGGCUUGUGUGAUAAAGGAGUGCAGAUCACAUACAGGACGGAAAGAAAAUAUGCAAGAGGUUAUAACAUUCCAUCGGGGGCCAUACCGGGCACCUUCUUUUGGAGACCCCGAUUGGGCAUAGAUUUGGCUAUCCCUACUACAGAGCCCCCGAUAGCAUCUUUUCAACCUAACCAGAAGAAUAUCCGGAAUGGAAUAGUGAUGUUGGUAGAUGGUUACGAUAUCAUGACAUCAAUUGUCGCAAUGCUGCAAGCCGUAUCAUUUGCGAGAAGCCACGAGUCAAUGAAUCCCCUUUCAGGCCUCUACUACACCGGCGCGUACAGAUGGGCACUGAGAACUUUACAAUUGUUCCCACAUUGGUUGAGAGGCAAUUUCCACGACGCCCUUGGAGUUUGGUAUAGCCGUUUUAAAUACAUGGACGCAGAAGUGCCUUUGUGGAUAAGAAAACUAUUGCCCUGGGUGCCUAAGAACACGUGGGAGGGCGAACGUGAAAACUUGGCCAAAUACAGAAAGUAUAGUGAAAGAGCUUUUACCCAAUUCUACAGAUUUCCAUCAAAAUUCUUCAAUGACUUCCAAUCCUUCUUAUCUGAAUCGAUAGAAAAUUUUGUUUUUUCUUCAGGAUCAGAACAAAGUCCAGAAACCGAUAAAAAACAGGAAACAGAACCCGAUACUAAAAAAAAAGGAGGUUAAAUCAUUAAACAGUUAAACACAAAACAUUUUAAUUUAUUUAUACACGUAGAACUAUACUGUAACAAAUUACUUUCUACCGGUAAUGUAAAGAAAACAACCUAAGUAUCGUAUUGUAUGAGGUUUUUGAAGUGGAACUGGGCUGGGCAUGUUUAUGGGACAAGAAAGAUGAACACAGAUGAAAGGCCAAGGACACCCCUCAUAAAGGUCCUUUAAAAAAGAGUAUCAGUUUUGAUAGGAUCCAGAAAGCGAAAUCAAGGUCAACUUGGAAAAUAUUGGAGGAAGUAUUUACCUAAGAGGGGCUAUAAUGACUACCUACAACUUUUACGUUGCACUGUGAUUAUUUAAAAUGAUCCUACUAUCCCACAGUGGUUUAUGGUCACCCUAAUUAGAGCAAGAUGAAUGGUUUUCAAAUUAUUCUUGUUUCAUAUUACCUACUAACUUUAAGGAAGAGCGGUACCCCUUAUCACAGGUAUGUGUUUACUUAAAAAGGGGUAUUAAAAUUAUGAAAUUUGAUGUUGAGACUACGGUGAACGACGCUAUUACAUCGCUAUUAACAUUGAUUUUAACCUGAAUGUUGAUAUUGUUCGUCCCAGCUGCGUGUGCC